AAGAGGUUGUGCUGCUGGGGUGGUUGGAAGCGGUUGGUGGGCGGGCGUAUGGCGGCCAGGCCUGGGACGCCUCGAGGCCGGCUGGCGCCGUGGGGUCACUCUUCCUGAUGCCACAAGUCACAAAGGCUGGAAGGGAAGGUUGGGGGCUGACAGGGGUCAACCCUAGGUCUCGCAGGUGGCGGUGGGCAAACCCUCCCGUCCGGGGGAACCGCUGCUGAGACCAGGCGAGAAGGAAGAAAACGUCCAGGGCCUGGAGGUAGAGGGCCAGGACCCUGAGGAGGGAGAGGGCUCACUGCCCCGAUGCAGAGGAGCAGUCGCAGACGGAAAAGGAGUUGAGGCCCCAGGGAUGCUGCGCCCUGCCGAAGUAGAAGGGACUGGCCACCAGAAUCUGAAACCUCAAAUCACUCACUUGAGGGGGUUCAAAGCUGAAAGCAUCACAGAUCAGCAGUGGGACUUGAGACGCCUCAGAAGUGCGUCCAGAUGUUUGAGGAGCUGGCCGACGCGAACGGCAGCUGGCGGGCCUGGCCACGGGGACCUGAGGACCCCGCUAGGAUACAUGCUUUCCCCUACACCAUGGUUUCUGCUCAGUUUCCUCUCAAUAGCUUCCGUCUGCAGGAAGAGCGGUGAUAACACAGGUCCGUGCGCAAACAGCCCCAGACCUCUCCAGCCAGGCUGCACCCGGCCCCGCCGCCAGAUCAGCUGCGCCAAAAGGGAGCCAGGAUCAGAAGUGAACCCUGUUCCCGUGUACAGAGCCGUUAGGAGGUGUCUUCCCAGAGUGGCCUUGCCGUCCCUUGGGUUUGUGCUCUACCAAGGUUCUCCCGCCAAUCCAACACCCGCCCACCAGCCUCCCUGCCCACCCUCCUCUGCCACAGGAGCGAUUUCUAGGCUCCUGAUCCAACGGGAAGGGUCUGGAAGCUCCCUCAUGGAGACAGAGCAUAAGCUUGGGCCUGCAGGUUCUUGUUGGUCAUGGUGCCUGCCUUGCCCUGCUUUGGCCCUAGCUCUCCGCUUCCGUAUGGCCCCUGGUUCGCACUCUGGACUCUGGCCAUUUGCCUGGCCUUCGUCCUGUCGAAAUCGGGUCGGGUUCUGCCCAUCUGCCCACCCCCAACUGACACUGUAGCUCGUCUGGUUGUUUCCCACGGCCGGCUGACACCUCAGUGUCCCAAGUCGCCCGCAGUCCGGGCGGUUCUGGUCUCAGACGUGCCCCCUGCCCUGCACACCAGGCUCGUCCUGUGGCUGGUGGGCUGCUGCUUGCAGAGGACUGGGCCACCCGGAACGUCCUCCGGUGCGUGGUUUUACCUUGCGUCCCGCUCUCGUGGCCACCCCACCUCUUCCUCCAGCCAGCAGCACUGACACGGAGCCUCAACAUUGUUUUUCUCCCAUCCGCCGAGACUCUGACUCACCCCUUCAGACUUGGUGGGGGAGUGAGCAAGCGAGCAGCGAGCCCAGAGGGGAGAAACUCUUAGUUGGUGUCGUGGUUCAGGCUCACGCUCAUAGAAACCCUUUCCGCUCGAGCUCUUCAAAAUAUGAUUAGGCCAAUUUUACACAUCUAGUCACUGAGGCUCUGGCAGAUUGGGACUGUUUCUAUACGUGCGAAGUGAAGUGGGGAAUUGAGGCAAUUAUCUUCAGGCAAAUGGCUCUGGGCUCUGUAAUCAGGCCGUCCUGGUAACGGGGGGAAUCAGCCUCAUUCACUGUAGCGCUGCUUUGAGUUCAAGAGGAUUCGAGGCAUUGUUUGUUGUUUGAGCCGGGCUUUGUUUCUCCAAAAGGCGGUCGGUCGGUCUGGUGAAGCUGCAUCCGGCCCGGCACAGGUGUCGGGGUGUGUGGCUCCCUUUGGUUUUGCGGGGCGCCGUUGCCCAGGCGGACGUGGGGGAGAGUGAUGCGGCGCUGCAUGCAAUCCACGGCUCCCACCUCCGCUUCCUGUGGGGGCGGCCCCGGGUUCGCCUUGUCUUUUCUCCCCGGCCCUUCCCUCCUCCCGAGACACGCGGCCCCGGCGAUCUCCAGGCCCGUCCCCGUGCGGGGACCGUACAGAUUCCAGGGGGGCCCACGGUUGGGACACCACGCCGCACGUGCUAAAGGCAGUGUCCUAAAACUCGGGAGAAUAACACAGCAGAAGUGAGCAAAAUCAGAAGCGAAAACUCCUAGCCCGGCCGUGGCGUCUCCCCCUUCCACUCAUGGUUUUGGCUGCAGAUCAUUGUCCGUUGGGAGUUUUUCCCUUUGCUGGUCUAGACGCGGCCUCACGGCCAGCCGUCUCUUCCCCCACGGAACGAGAGAAGACUCGUGUUUUUCCAACGCACAGGGGUCUCUUUUGCUUUGAGGCCAGUGCAGACUUCAAUCCCAAUUGCCCUUGAGAACAGUCCUUGUCAUUAGGAAGCUAACCAGCAGGUAACCCGGGCCGCGUGGGGCCUGCUGGGUGACACGGGGCGCAGGGCCCUGGCCAGGGAGCCCGGACGGAAGAUCCGUGUCCGUCCGCCUCUCACAUCUCCCUCACCCACACUUGUGCUUAGAGUCCGACAAGAGGAUGUCAUUAAUAAACACGCCAGCAAGGAGACAGUGGGGCUUGAGAUGGCCGUGGGAAAACACAGAGGAAGCAGAAAGGUGUUUUGUUUUUUUUUUUUCCGAUUGUCGGAAACCUUCAUCUUUGUCGCUUUGAAAUUUCCUGAUGUUGCUUAAUUAGUUAAACCUAAAACUUCCUGUCCACACUUGAGAUAAGAGGGUUUUGAAAAACAUCCAGCCAGACUAUUGUGGCAUAAUGUGGCUUGUGUGUUUUGUUUUUUUUUUAAAGCUGAUAGCUAGUGUAUUCCUGCUCCGUUUGUUAGAUCGUAACAUCUUUCCCCAGUGUUUUACUGUGAUUGGUUUACAGCCUUAAUGAUCAUCGUUUUAUACUGUAUUUUAAGAUCUGCUGGGGCAAAUGCCUUCUUACGGCAGGCAUACUAUCUCAGAACCCUCUGAUAGUUUUGCCCAUUUAUUUUCCUCUAGAAUUUAAGAACCAUUUUUAUCAAGUUCUGUAAUGACCUUGGUGAUAUUUUGACUGGAAUUGCAUUCACUCUAUAAAUUAAGUGGGGGAAGACUGUCAUCUUUUCUGCAUUUAGCCUUAGGCCCCAGUAUGACCUCACUCUUCAUUUACUUGAGUUUCUGUCUCUCUCAUUAAGGAUUUGUGUUUUCUUGACAUGAUUCUGGUACAUCACAUGUAGAGUCUGAGAUGUGAAAAUAUAUCCUGUAUCUCCCAAGCAUUUGCUACUUGUGUUGCCAUUGUGAAAGGGCUCUCUUUUUUUAUUAUAUUUUUGGGCUGUUUAUUAUGUGUUUAUAGGGACAGUAUUGAUUUGGGGGCGUUUUUCUCAGAUUCGGCGACUUUUAGAAUUGGUUGGUUUAUGAGGCAGCCAGCAGCCUGCUCAAGCAAACCCUCAGUGAAGGGUGCAGAGGAUUUUGUCGAAGGGAUUCCUGCGUGAGGGAGAGAGGUGAAGUCAGUGAUCCUUCCUUCCUUCCUUCCUUCCUUCCUUCCUUCCUUCCUUCCUUCCUUCCUUCCUUCCUUCCAAGAUUUUAAGGAAUCUCUACACCCAAAGUGGGGCUUGAACUCCCACCCCAAGAUCAAGAAUCCCAGGCUUCCUGACUGAGCCAGUCAGGGGCCCCCCCCCCCCCCCGCAGACUGUUCUUGAUAAUGGAAUCUACAUAAGCUUCCUUCCUCUUGGUAUUUCACUGUCCUCUCUUCUUGAAUCACAAUAGAUAGUAAUUUGAGUUUUUUGGUUUAAGAUUUU